AUGAGACCGACGCAAGCUCUGAACGGUGGCGUGCCCAACCCCAAAGUCGGCCACUGGAUCGGCGACUGGGGUUCCUUCGGCGGCGCCAAGCAAAAGGGCAUCGUCCACUACGGCCUCUCGGCCAACCGACAAAACGCCAUGGCCGGCGCGGCUCACGACGCAGUCUUCAACACCUUCCGCCGCACCAAGGCGCAGAUCUUUUACUGGCUGCCCGCCAUGGUCGCUGGUUACUACGUCAUGAACUGGGCCACCGAGCGCAACGAGUACUUGAACUCCAAGGCUGGCCGUGCCGAGUUUGCGGACUCGGAGGAGUAA